CCUGCCAGAGCUGGAGGGAACCUCUGGAACAUCUUGCCGCCUUUGCCUCCGUGCGUUAGUGACUAACUGCCGAUGACUCACAAAUACAUCAACAAUCCGCCUGCAAGACCCUCCCCUGUAGUUCUCUGCUGCUGCUACCGGAGAGCAGCUGCAGCACCGAUGGAGAAGAAGCAAGGAUCCGCUCACCAGUAUGGUUCACUGGAGCACACCACAUGGACCGGAGACGCCAAAAAAACAGAGGACGAUGUGGUGUCCAUGGCGGACUCCACCAUUACUGUGGAUGACAUCGAGGGGGAGCUCUUCAAGAUUGAGAGGAUCAGGGACAUCCUGGUCAGGAGGGAGUCAGAGCUCAGAUACAUGAUGGAUGACAUUCAGCUGUGUAAAGAGAUUACUCGACUGAAGAAGGAGCUUCACAAACUGGUGUCUGUACCAGAUAAGGACAAGUCCAACGAAGACCGACAGAAGGAGGAAGAGCUGCUGCAGCAGAUUCACAAGCUGGUGGAGACCAGAGAUUUCUUAGUGGAUGAUGUUGAGUUUGAACGCCUCAGGGAAAAAGAAGAAGAUAAAGAAAUGGCAGAGUUUUUGAAAUCCAGAUUGCCAAGAAACUUGAAGAAAUCAGGUGCAUCAUCAAGAAGGGUGCCAGCUAGAGCUCAGCAGACCUCCUCCCCUUUCACCAAGACAGGCCUCACCCUCCUGAAGGAGUGCUGUGGCUUUACGUGCUCCAUCAUGUAGACAGCAGCCAAAGCGAAAGACUCGCACACCAAGUUCACCAAUUAGGUGUGAGAAAGAGACGCGGAGAGACACUGACGGAGGCGUGCACAUCUGUGGAAACUAUUUUGUUGCAAAAAUGAUCAGAAUAUUCAGUUUUGCCUCUGCUUUUUGUCUGUGCUUCUCAUCCCAGUGUAAGCUACUGUAAACACUUUCUUUUAUACCCAGCGCUAAAGGCUCGGAGCAGCCAAGCCCGGCAGCAGCUGUUGGCGUGUGCACACUAAUUGGACUCAACCAUCAUGACUCGGCCACAAGUUGUACAUUCAAAGUUUUCGUGCAUCUCCUAUAAUUGUCAUCUCCUUUUCAAAGAGUUCCCCAUUUUGCAGCGAGUAAGCCAGACAGGACGCAGCUAGAACUUUAUAAUUAGUGUUUGGGAGAUAAUGGCGAUGAAACUGGCCGGGAGGUGUGUCAGCACAAAGCUGCGUGCCGUUUGGCGACAGACAAACGCGGGUUUGACUUUUGAAAAAGCGCCGGUUUAUAAAAGAGGAAGCCGAGUCUUUAUGCUCCACUUUUUCCUCCAACACCUAAGUCGACUCAGAAGUUCCAGCUUUUUUUAAUUUGCUUUUGAAUGUCUGCAUAUUAAGUUGAAAUUAGAUAUCUACCAGUGCUGUAUAUAACUAUAUAUAUAUAUAUAUAUAUAUAUAUCUACACACGCCUCCCUGUACUGAGCUGCUCUCAGGUUUGUAUCAUCCGUCAUGGUUCAACACUCAAUUGAUAUGCUGCAUUACCUUCAGACUCAGUAUAACUUUAUCACCUCACACUUCAGUGCCCACACAUUACACAUGAAAGUGGUUUAAAUAAAGCACAUGUAUAUAUUUUUUUUAUUUGCUUGCCAACUGCACAGCUCUUUAGCUCAUUGCCAGGAAGUUCCCGUGGGAAGUUUAAGCACAACUCAUCAUGGAUGCCAAUGUCAUUCAAAUUCUGGUCUUUUAAGGAUUUGUUUUAACUUCUUUUUAGCUUGUGCUGAUGAUAGAUUAAACAAUUAUGAUGAAUUUCAUAGCCCAAAUUGGACUUUUAUUAUUCUGUAGUCACACAUGAUCAAAUGUUGUGCACAUUUUGUGCUCAUGCUUCUGGUUGUUUGACUUCUUUUCUAAUCAGAAAUGGUUGUCAUCAGAUAAACAUGGGUUUACUUUCAGACAACAGGCCUGGAUUUUAAGUAAUAUCCAUCAAUAUUUGAUCAGGAUAUUUGAUAACUUUUCUUAUCCCAAUUGGUAGACUUCAUUUUCAAAG